AUGGCAGCCGAGAAGAACGUCGAAGCGCAGGCGACCUUCCUGGAGCCGCCGAAGUGGCAUCGCGUCGGGCCCAUCUCCCUCCCGCCCUUCCGGUCGACGUUGGCGCAGACAUGUCUCAUUGGGUUCAUCUGUUUCCUCGUCGUUGGCAUGUUCAAUGUCCUCGGCUCCAUCGGUGGCGCGGGCCAACUCGAUGCUACCACGGCUGAUAACUCGAAUACCGUCCUCUACGCACUCUUCGCUGCCAUUGCUCUCAUUUCCGGCCCGGUCUGCAACUACCUAGGUCCAAAGGUGACGCUCGCAUUUGGUGGUGUUGGCUACGCACUGUACGCGGCGUCCUUCUGGUGCUUCAACCACACCGCGAACGAUGGCUUCGUUAUGUUUGGUGGUGCAGCGUGCGGUGUUGCUGCUGGCUUGUUCUGGACUGCCGAGGGGACCAUACUCAUGUCGUACCCCCUCGAACACCAGAAAGGUCGGUAUAUCGCGAUCUUCUGGGCUAUCUGGUCGAUGGGUGCUGUCAUUGGUUCCAUCAUCCCCACCGUUGACAACUGGAACCAAACCGAGAGCGGCAGCGUCAAGGAUGGUACCUACGUCGCGCUCUUCAUCCUCAUGAUGUGCGGCUCUAUCUUCGCGCUUUUCCUCGUCCGCCCCAGCAAGGUCGUGCGCGACGACGGCAGCAAGGUCUUCCUCCACACCUCAACGUCCAUCAUUCAAGAGAUGAAGAACUUGCCGACGGCGCUUCGUCGCGAGCCGUACAUCAUGCUGUUCUUCCCCUACGCGUUCUGUGGUUUGUGGUACAUCCCAUACCAGAGCAACGACUACAACUCGUACUUCUUCAACGUGCGGAGCAGGGGCUUCAACAGCAUCUGGUAUAAUCUUGCGACCCUCGUCGGUGCUGUCGUCCCCGGUCUCCUCCUCGACCUGAAGCGCUUCAACCGCCGCACGCGCGCGAUCGCUGGCUGGGUCUUCAUGUUCGUCAUGCUCAACGCCAUCCUCAUUGCCGGCGUCUUCCCCUUCCGCGAGUCCCACCGCGGCGUCCCCUACGACGUCAUGGACUCCCUCGACUCCCGCAGCCGCGCCUACGUCUGCCUCUACUUCUUCUAUGGCUUCCUUGACGGCGCGUGGCAGUGCUACGCCUACUGGAUCAUGGGCUGCCUCUCCAACGACCCGCUCGUGCUCUCCAUGUACGCCGCUUUCUACAAGGUGUUCGGCGCGGCGGGGGCGGCUAUCGUGUUCUCGCUCGACGCGAACAAGAAGCCAUAUGUGGACAUGUUCGGCUCGUACUGGGGCCUCACGGCGGGCGCGCUCGUAUGCUUGCUCCCGCUGGUGCUGAUGCGGGUGACGAACCACACGGAGAAGAUUGAUGAUAUCGACUACGCGGGGGCGGCGGGUGAGCUGCCUGGUGCGGGUGUUGGAGAGAUUGUUGCUUUGUCGGAGUUCGAGAAGAAGGAUCCCAAUGUCUUGCGGGAAUGA